AGGGAAUGCAUUUCAGUACACGUUGGCCAAGCCGGCAUCCAGAUUGGUACAUCUUGCUGGGAGCUGUAUUGCCUGGAGCACGGCAUCGAGCCGGACGGCAGUAUCAAAAAUUCUGAAAAAUCAAACGUCGACAAUUGCUAUGACACAUUCUUCUUUGAAACAGAACGCGGCAAGAAAAUACCUCGAGCAACUCUGGUUGAUCUGGAACCAACAGUCAUUGGUGAUGAAAAAUGUCAUUACAAAGAUCUGUUCCACCCUGAACAGCUGAUUCGAGGCAAGGAGGAUGCAGCCAACAAUUAUGCCAGAGGCCAUUACUCGGUGGGCCAGGAGAUCAUUGAAAACGUGAUGGAUCACCUGCGCAAAUUGUCCGACAACUGUUCUGGACCAGGGUUCUUCGUGUUCCACUCUUUUGGAGGAGGAACCGGGUCCGGGUUCAGUUCCCUGCUCUUGCAGAAUCUUUCUGAUGUCUAUGGCAAGAAGAGCAAGCUGCAGUUUGCUGUCUACCCUGCACCACAG